UAUGGCUUCUAGAGGAGUUCGUGUGUCGGUCUGUGACGGGCUGGAUUAGCCUGUCGGGUCGCGAAGGGCCUGCGAAAGACUAACUCAGCCACUGCGGGCAGUGUCUGAAGAUGGCCCUGAACUGUACGUCCUUGUCCGCUGGCGACCAAAGAAACAGGGCGGCCUACCGCGCUCUCCCAGGCGACCGCAGCCCGUCGGUCUCCGCCUGGGCCAUGGUGUCUGGGGACGGCUUCCUCGUUGCCAGGCCUGGGGCGGUUCGUCCGGGACCUCGGCAGGCGGUGCGACCAAACAUUCGAGAGAGCCGUCGAGUGACCGCGAGCGGCCGCAGCCCGCCCAGCCUUAUUAUAAACGGAAGAGACCCGGAUGCCCGGAGCCGAGGCCACCAAACCAGAUUCUCCCCGUACCCGCCCCGCGGCGUUAAACUGGACCUCCUGAGAAGCGUGCUGCAACAGCGGCUGGUCGCGUUUGGCGCUGUCCUCGCAUCCCGAAUAGCAGCCUGAAGCGAAUGCCUCCUCCCAGUUAGCUUGUGAACAAGGCCUCUGUAAAAGCCUGCCUCGGUGUAACCGCAGUCUUUAUUUGCAUCUUCAUAUAAAAGGACCUACGGAGGAAUUCUGUCAGUAUAGCCUAGCAGCAAGGAAAACUGUAUCACUGGUCUAUUCCGAUGUGGCCAGGAUGAUUAGAACUGGGGAAGACUUAGAAUUAGUUGGUAUUCACGGAGCUGAUCAAACAUCCCACUGUCCACCCUUCUUCACACUUUUCCAACAAGCGAUCAGAAUUUUCCCCUUUUCCACAGGCCUUCCUCCCCUCCCUCGCUGAUUCUCCCACUGGAAGACUUAGUUCCACCUUCCUUGCCUGUUUCCUUUACCUUUACUUGUGAGAUAAGACAAGUCGCGCUGAUUUAUUUUUCCAUCUUUUCUUCAGCAUUCCCAUCUCUCUUCUACCAUCCGCCCCUUCACUUUUCACCUCAGGAAU